AUGGUUUCCCGGGAAGUCUCCAAGAAGCGUAAGGCCGUCACGAGAGACGUCGAAGAAAAAUCAGACGUAUUUUCUGGAGACGAGCUGGGCCGUCUGGACCUUUCAGACGAUGCCCACGAUCUAUCGGGAGAUAGCGAUUCAGAAGUCGAAAUCGUCGACGAGUUUAGCGAUGAGGAAGACGACGGCGAGUCUGACAUUGACAGCGACGAGAUCCCCUCCGGCUCGGAAGAUGGCGGCCCGUUCAAGAAGGAAAAUCUCCACUUGCUAGACGACGAGGAUGAGCAGCCAAAUUUUCGAAUUGCCAAGGAUGCCAAUGGAAACGAACGAUACGUGUAUGAUGAGAUCAACCCCGACGACAAUUCCGACUACUCGGACGUUGAAGAGAAAUCAAACACGAUUGGCAACAUCCCGCUGUCCUUUUACGACCAGUAUCCUCAUAUCGGAUACGAUAUCAAUGGCAAGAAGAUUAUGCGUCCCGCUAAAGGUGAGGCUUUGGAUGCCCUCCUUGACAGCAUUGAGAUUCCCAAGGGCUGGACAGGUCUCACCGAUCCAUCUACUGGAAAACCGUUGGAGCUGAGCCAAGAGGAACUGGAGUUACUGCGCAAGGUUCAGAUGAAGGAAAUCCCUGACGAAGGCUACAAUCCCUACGAGCCAACCGUUGAGUGGUUUACCAGUAAGGAGGAGAUUAUGCCGAUCAGUGCAGCACCGGAACCUAAACGGCGGUUCCUCCCGUCUAAGCACGAGGCAAAACGUGUGAUGAAAAUCGUGCGAGCUAUUCGAGAAGGCCGGAUUCUUCCGUAUAAGCCCCCGGUAGAGCAGGAGGAAGAGGCCCAAGAUGGUGUAACACGAUACGACAUCUGGGCCGAUGAAGCUCCCAGACCCGACCACAUCAUGAACGUCCCAGCACCCAAGCUUCCUCCUCCUGGGUACGAGGAGAGCUACCACCCGCCUCCUGAGUACGUCCCCGACAAGAAAGAGAAGAAAGCUUGGGAAGAAGCCGACGAAGAGGAUCGCGAGAGAGAAUAUCUCCCCACGGAUUAUGCAGCUUUGCGCAAGGUUCCCGGCUAUGAGAACUUUGUCAAGGAGAAGUUCGAACGCUGCCUGGAUCUAUACCUUGCGCCUAGGGUUAGGAGGAACAAACUCAACAUCGACCCCGAAAGUCUCCUUCCCAAGCUACCAAGCCCAGAAGAACUCAAACCAUUCCCAACUGCAUGUGCAACUCUCUUCAAAGGCCACAAUGGUCGUGUGCGCUCGGUGUCAAUUGACCCAACUGGACAAUGGCUAGCUAGCGGAGGCGAUGACGGCACAGUCCGUGUUUGGGAACUCCUCACUGGCCGGCAACUAUGGACGGUUACGGUAAGUGACGAGGAGCCUAUCAAUGUGGUGCGCUGGCGUCCGGGCCAUGAUGCUGUGGUGCUAUGUAUUGCAUGUGGUGACGAUGUGCACCUUGCAGUACCCCCGAUUCUCAACCCAGAGCUUGAGAAGGCGAGUCUGGACGUGGUUGAUGCUGGCUGGGGAUAUGCUGCCACGAACAAGUCAGCGGCGUCAAGCAGCGGCGAUGCAGCAAGUAAGAGUGCGCCUCCUACAUGGAUCCGGCCGUCGACAGCAUUGGCCGAAUCGGGAAUCUGUGCGACUAUCCCGCUACGAUACAUGGCCAAGUCGGUGUCAUGGCAUCGCCGUGGGGAUUACUUUGUGACGGUGUGCCCUGGCUCAUCGACGCCUGCACAUCAGGCGAUUGCAAUCCACACGCUAUCGAAACAUCUUACUCAAAACCCGUUCCGACGUCGCCUCAAGGGUGGAGGCGCUCCUCAAGCAGCUCACUUCCACCCAUCGAAGCCUAUUCUGUUCGUGGCCAACCAACGCACGAUUCGCGGCUACGAUCUUUCGCGCCAGCUGCUGGUCAAGAUCCUGCAACCGGGUGCUCGGUGGAUUUCCUCGUUCGAUAUUCAUCCAACCUCGUCCAGCACGUCAGGCGGAGAUAACGUUAUCGUGGGAUCGUACGAUCGUCGCCUACUCUGGCACGAUGUCGAUCUAUCGUCGCGCCCUUACAAGACUCUACGGUAUCACGGCAAGGCCAUCCGGGCUGUCAAGUUCCACCCCAACGGGCGAUAUCCGCUGUUUGCUGAUGCCAGUGACGACGGAUCUCUGCAGAUUUUCCACGGCAGCGUCACGGGCGACAUGCUCAGCAACGCCAGCAUUGUGCCCCUGAAGGUACUGCGCGGUCACAAAAUCACAGGAGAGCUGGGAGUCUUGGAUGUGGACUGGCACCCUGCUCAGCCCUGGUGUGUGUCUGCAGGAGCAGAUGGGACGUGCCGGUUGUGGUGUUAG